CCCAAACGCUUCCGGCCACGGGACACAGGACGACGAUGAGCUCGCUCGACGAUGAACUCGCUCUCUUCCAGGAAGAGAUCGCAUCCAUCGAGAAGGAGACAACGAAGAAGCGACCUAUCGACGAGGUCGACCCGGACGAGGUCGCGCGGAAGCGGCAGAAGGCCAUGGAGGUCGCCAAGGCCAUCAUGGCGCAGGCGGCCAAGCCGGUACCUGCACCGGCGCCAGCGCCGCAGGUCAUCAUUCGCGCGCCGACCGCGUUCGUGCCCAAGCCUGCGGCGUCGUAUGGCUCGUCGCAGCACGACGCCGCAUCAUCAUCGUCGUCGGCCGCGAACGUCUCGAUCAUGCACGGGCAGUCGCUGCCGUCGUCGUCGGCCAUGCACAUGGAGGUGAUCGACCACAACACGGGCAUGCCGCUCUCGUCGCACGAGCAGCUCAUCUUUAGCCAGCAGCAGAGCGUGUACCGGUACCGUCCGGAGCGCAACGUGGCGAAUGCACAGUCCAACUCGGACAAGAAGUUCCUUCGCGUCGCCGCCGGCAAGGUCUGGGAGGACGCGACGUUGGCCGAGUGGCCCGAGAACGACUACCGUCUCUUUUGCGGCGACCUCGGGAACGAGGUAAAUGACGAACUCUUGUCGCAGGCCUUCUCGACUUAUGCUUCGUUUGCGAUGGCCAAAGUCGUGCGCGACAAGCUCACGCACAAGUCCAAGGGCUAUGGUUUUGUGAGCUUCCUCGACCCCUUCGAUGCGGCCAAGGCCAUGCGGGAGAUGAACGGCAAGUACAUUGGGAACCGCCCGGUCAAGAUCUCCAAGGGCAAGUGGGAGGACCGGGCCAUCGACGUCGUCAAGAAGAAGAAGGGCGGGAAGAAGAACAAGAAGCAUCUCUUCAGUUAGCCGAAUGCACUAACGUCGCCAUUCAUCCUCGAUCGGCAUCUCGCAGGCUUCUGUGCAGGUCUUACAGCUCGCUCCAUGCCUGAUACCUCACACAAUACUAAGCCGCAAAGAAGGGUAGAGAAGAGGACAAAGAUCUUAGUCUUCGCAAGAACCAUAGUAUCUACUAGUACACAACUUUGGUAUCGA